AUGGGCGGCGGCGCGGAGGCGACAGAGCAGGCGCGCGGGCAGCAGCGCCCGACGAUAUCGAUCGCGGUGCCGGGGUCCAUCAUCGACAACACGCAGUCGCUCGAACGCGCCACCGCCGUAGCGGGGCAGAUCGCGCGCGCCGCCGUCAUUUUCAAGGUGCACGAGGUGGUCGUGUACGACGACUGGGACGCGGAGGGCGACUCGAGCGCGCCGCGCGGGUGGCGCGGGGAGCGCUUCUCAGGGUCCGCGGGGUCGUUCCUUGCGCGCGUGCUACAGUACCUCGACACCCCGCAGUACCUCCGCCGCGCGCUCAUCCCGCUCACGCCGGAUUUGCGCCUCGCGGGGCUUCUUCCGCCACUGGACGCGCCGCACCACGCGCGCAUGCACGAGUGGCCGGAGUUUCGCGAGGGCGUGGUGGUGGCGGACGGGGAGGGGGAGGGGGGAGGCGCGCGCGCAAGGGGGAGCUGCGCCGUGGACGUGGGGCUGCAGCAGAGGGUGCGUGUGCGAGGAAGCUUCUCGGAAGGCACGCGGCUGACAGUGGCCAUGGGGCUUGUCGCUGAGCGAGAGAAGGUGUUUCAGCCAGAGCACGGCGAUGUGAAGGAGAUCGGGCAGUUCAAACUGCCUCCCUUCCGGCAUUUAUUGGUGGUGUUCGGGGGCGUGGCGGGGUUGGAGGAGGCGUGUGAGGGCGACGAGGGGCUGGCGGCGGACAGCAGGGACCCGCGGCAGCUGUGCCAGCUGUACCUCAACACGUGCCCCUUCCAGGGCUCGCGCACCAUCCGCACUGAGGAGGCGGUGCUCAUCUCUCUGGCGUACAUCGCAGCGCUCAUGCCGUGA